CUAAGUAUUAUAUAUAUGGCACUUUCUCCCCCAUUCAGCCCACUCAAAUCCAAAGCUUAAACCUACGUGAAGAAGCAACCCAGCUCUCUUCCUCUCCACUCUCUUUUCUUCAUCACUUUAACCUGCAUGAUCUUUUCUCUCUUCAAUAUGGUAUGUUUAACUCAGAAUUCCUCUGUACUGAGAGUGUUUCUAGACAGAUUUUUGAUCCAAAAGCACUUGUUCUUUCGAGUUAGAAAUUCCUAAUAACUCCAUCUCCUCAAAAAACCAUCCAAGAAUAUAAUUCUCUAUACAUAGGAAUCAGAGAAUGGAUUUACACACUCUUACAAACAUCAAACCACAGAAGGAAAAAGUGAUGCAAAGGUUGAGGAAGAUGCAAAUGAUCACUGCAGCUUUCCGAUUUAUUGAGCUCUGCAUGUUUUUGGUCAUCCUCUGGAGAUUAUCCUGCUAUUUGAGCAUUAAUGUUCUAAAGCUGUCCGGAGGGUACUUCAGGGGACUAUUGAUCAGUCCGGGUUUCGUUUUCCUCCUCGGGAACGCCAUAUUCAUCGUCUUGUUCCUCGGCUUCCUCCGGUCUGGGGACUCAUCGGAGAAUCAUGGAUCUGUUGAUGAAAAGGUUGAUUUUUACGAGGAAUUCACUAAGAAAUAUGGGAAAAGUGGCGAUUUGUCUGGGAACUACUGUGAAGAACAGAUCAAGAAACAGGGGAAACAGGGGACCCCUGUUUCAAAGGAGAGGAAAAUGCAGAGGAGUCAGUCGGAGAGCAUGAAGAAGAGGGUGUACUGUGAGGAAGCUAGAAGGGAACUGAAGAGCUUGGGGACUAUAACUCGCCGGAAAAGUGAGACGGCAGCUCCGGCAGCUACGGAGGAAAUGAGCGGUGAGGAGUUUAGGCGUAAAGUGGAGGAUUUCAUUGCAAGGCAGCAGAGGGCUUUGAGGGAAGAAGAGUUCUCUUUUUUGGUAUCGAACUAAUAAGCUAAAAAAACACAGCUGAUACGUAUUGUAAAACUGUAAUUACUUUUCUGGUUUUGCUCUUAUAUUCCCGGCUGUCUUCCUUUAUUUUCUUUUUGUGUAGAAUAAAAAAAUAAGAUAGAAUGUUGGGUAGUUUAAUUAGUUAUCUUGAAAGAGUACAGUUUGGUAGGUUUUUGGUAUUGUUAUUUCUAUUUGGCAUCUAAAAAUUCCUGUAAAUAAUGUGUUUUUGGAUGUUUUUACUUGGACUGUAAUUUGCUGGUCUGGUCUGAUCUGAUCUGAUCUGGUCUGGUCUGGACUGGUCUGGUCUGGUAAUGUCUGGUUUCUUUGUACUUUUAUAACUAUACAAGUUUGGUCUGGUCUGAACUGAUCUAGUCUGGUCUGGACUGAUCUGGUCUGGGACAAAUUACAAUCCAAAUAAAAACAUCCUUUGUACAUUAGUAAAUGAAACUUAUGAAGAUAAGUUUGGC